AUGAUUUUUGCUACGAUGCGGUGGGCCGUGGCUAUGAGUGUGGUGGGGAGUGUGGCAUCCAUGGGAAUUUCGUCGCCGUUUCGACGGGAUUUGAAGCUUAUGGCUGAGAUGGGGGUUAGUCCUGAUGUUAUCUUGAGUAAGAGGGACACAGUACAUGCUCUUGCUGAGAAGAACUCAAACGGCAUUGUUGAGGAAUUCUUUGUGAUGCCGAUUGAUCAUACCAAUGCUUCGGUUGGGACUUACAAGAAUCGAUACUGGGUGCAAGAAAAGUAUUAUCAGAAAGGUGGACCGGUUUUCAUUUAUGAUGUUGGCGAAUCGACUGCAGCGAGUGCAGCAAGGGUGCAGCUGGGGAAUAGUACGUCAAUGUUUGUGGAAAUGCUGGAGGAGCAUGGUGCUAUGGGCAUUGUUUGGGAACAUCGCUACUACGGCAAAUCACUACCGUACAAUGUUAGUGUCGACACACCACCAGAGAACUUCCUCUACCUGAACAAUGAGCAGGCAUUGGCCGACAUUCCCUUCUUUGCGAAGACUUUCACGCGCCACAAUUAUAACACCACAGAUCUUACCCCAUCUGGCGUGCCUUGGGUCAUGGUUGGAGGUUCUUAUUCUGGCAUGCGCUCGGCUUUCACUCGCAACAAGUACCCCGACACCAUUUUUGCAUCCUUUGCAUCGUCAGCACCCGUUGAGGCCCGCAUUGACAUGAGUGUUUACUUCGAUCAAGUCUACGCCGCGAUGGUCGCCAAUGGAUACCUGAACUGCACCCGCGAUAUCAAGGCUGCAAUGGAAUACGUUGAUGAGGAAUUGUCCAAGAAUGCAUCCUCCGCUGCAGAAAUCAAGAAAUUAUUCUUCGGGGAUGGCGCCGAAGUAAACAACAAUGGCGAUUUUACCGCGGCGAUUGCUGGCAUCUUCGGCUACUUCCAGUCAUACGGUUUUGGUGGCGGAGAAGGCAGUCUAGGAUCCUUCUGCGACCAUCUCGAAACAGAUCCACCCACUGGCACCGUGGCCGGACCUGGAGGUCUCGCACCUUACCUCGGUAAGGAGUACAUGGCCAAAAAAUUCGCCUCCUGGCCCACCUUCAUCGAGCUAGUCAACUUCAACUACCAUACCAACUGCGCUGGCCAAGACACAACCAAGCAAACCUCCUGCAUCCUGGCUCCCCCAGCUACGGACCCAGAUAUGAUCAGCUGGACGUGGCAAUUCUGCACAGAAUGGGGCUACUUUCAAACCAACAAUAUUGGUCCUCACUCUCUCCUCUCCCGGUACCAAUCCCUCGACUACGUUCAAUUCACCUGUAACCGCCAAUUCCCCGAUGCAGUCGCAGCAGGUAUUCUCCCAAGGCAUCCCCUGACUGAUAGAACGAACAAUCAAACCGGAGGCUGGAAGAUCCGCCCAUCAAACGUUUACUGGAGCGGCGGGGAAUUCGAUCCUUGGCGUCCACUCUCCCCCCUUGCCACGGAAAGCACGGCCCCACAGAACGUGACUUUCACUACCGAGAUCCCCAAAUGUGGUGUGGAGACGCCGGAGAAUACGUUAUUCGGUUACAUAAUGCCUAAUGCGGAGCAUUGCUUUGACUUUUUGACUGAUUUUGCACCGGGGAACAUUUCACGUGGACACUUUUACGAUGCGUUGAAAGAGUGGCUGCCUUGUUUCAAGCCUCAAAUACCUGCAGCACCCCCUGCAGUGGGAAUAGCUCAAUAG